AUGGAAAGCAUUCUAAACUCUACGGAACAAUACACAUUGGCGACGGAGGAACCAGAUUCCGACAAACGCAAUAAUGCACCGUAUGUGAUUCCACUUGUAAUAAUUGUCGUAGCAGUGACAAUAUUGACAAUUUGUGUCUUUAUCUGGCGACAUCUAAUCAAAAACAUAAACUACAGGGAAGCAAGACAACCUUUAUCCGAAUCACAAAGAUUGGACUCUCUGAUUACGUAUAGUAAUGGAAAUACUGAGGCAGAAAAUGAGGUCUUUUGCAAUCCAUGUCUUGACACAGACGAUGACAUUGAAGGACAAAGAAGGAGUUGCGAUUUCUCAGAUUCAUUUAAUGAAGUGGGAAACAAUAACUUUCAUUUGUCUAAAAUAAGUGAUCUGGGUUGUUUACGAAAAAACCCACCAAAACCAGUACAUGAUACGGAGCAUCCAGGACCACAAUUAAAACGGAACAAACUUGCCAGCAUUGAAAAUGGUGAUAUUCCAUCAACAGAUAUCUUAAAUGGACAAUUACGUAUCCGUACAAAAAUUAGUUUGAAGAACUUGAAAGUUCCUAUCGAAAGAUCAGAUGUUAAACUGAUUUUUUCAGAGGGAAAUUUCAAACAAAGACCUGAUUCCUCUUUUCCUUUAUGUGGUUCUAUUCACACUGAUUUAGAACAGCUGUCAAAGUAUUUAGAUAUUGAAAAUGGCAGGAUGCUGGUUUCACCUGUUCCCGAAUUUUAUAUAGGAAAGCAUGUGAUUCUCAGUGAUUACGCAAUGAUAGAAAUUCCACUAUGCAUUUCAGUCAGAUCAAACACUUUGAAAGUCCAUUGGAUAGACACAAAAGAUAUAACAAACCCUCAAAAAAUGCGCAAUGUACCUCUCGAAAAGAACGCACUUAAUGCCAACUUAGAAGUGUUCUAUGUCAUCCCUGAAGAUAGAAACAACUGUAUACGAGUGUACACAAGACAUUUCUCUCUGUUUUACUGCACUGCAUGCAUGGAAGAGAUUCCAUUUAAACUGGCGGCCGAGAUAUAUGCCAGGGAAGGCAGCCUUGAUGGACUCCCGACUGUUCAUGUCAAGAUGCCGCUUCUUGGCCCAUACGAAAUGUUGCUUGACUGCCGGGAGGAACGAAACAGGUCAAUGGAGGAAAUCAAAUUCAGAAGAAUCGACAGGGGUAAAAUCAACGUGUUUGGAAAUGGUCAAGGCACAGGGCUGAAAUUCAGACUCAAACCUCCAGAACAUUGGGGUCACGUGACAGAUAAUGACCAAAAUGUCAUAUACGAAAAGGAACAGUUGAUAGACGAUACUCCUGCCAUUGAUUGUAUGAAGAAUCGCCAUCUCCUGCAAGAUGAUGGAGACAUCCAAUGGAAAAUAAAAUGUGGAAAAAUGUUUCGCGGUAAAGUAGCCCUAACCAUUUGUGUAGUCAACUUUCUUCGAUGCAAUCACUACCAGGAUAAAGAAAGUAGAUUCAAUCCGGAAUUAAACAUAGAAGGCGAUUUUCCUUCAGCUGAGCUUUGGGGGUCACCUGACGAACAUCCCACGAGUCAAAAGGAACUACUUCGGCGUCUUGUGAGUGGUCUUCGUAGACGAGCGACAAAGGAAAAACUGCUGGAAAAGUUAGGUAACUCAAGAACACUUUCUGUAGAUGAUAACUUGGAGUUACUUGAAACUUUAUCAGACAUUCAACAGAAAGAUCAUAAGUCGUUCUUGACAAACGUCAGGAUGGCUUUAGCGGAAAUGGAUGUACCUUGUAAUGAAGAUAUCAGCUAUUUCCUCUUGAAUAUUUACAAAGUAGGGACGUCUGUUUCGUCGCAUGGGCACGUUUCUAAUAGAAACCACUUCUUUAGAGAUACACAUGAUACAAAUGAUCAGGAUGAGACAACACCAAAAUCGAUUAUCCAAGAGGAGACGAUGAUAUCUGAAAGAGAAGGGCCAUCUGGGCAAUCUGCUGGUUCAGGUGUGUACUGGCUUCUGCCAUCAGAUGAAUCGGCUAGUGUACACGGAAUGGUGAAUGGCAAUACACUCACAUCUGGGAGUGGAAUCUACACUGAUUAA